AUGGAAUUCCUGUUCGGCCGCCGGAAGACGCCCGCCGAGCUGCUCCGGCAAAACCAGCGGGCCCUCAACAAGGCAAUUCGCGAGCUCGACCGCGAGAAGAGCCGCAUGGAGAUGCAGGAGAAGAAGGUGAUCGCCGAGAUCAAGAAGAUGGCCAAGAUGAACCAGAUGGAUUCGGUGAAAGUAAUGGCCAAGGAUCUCGUCCGCACGCGGCGCUACAUCAAGAAGUUCAUAGUGAUGAAGGCGAAUAUUCAGGCGGUGUCGUUGAAAGUGCAAACGCUGAAGAGCCAGGACGCGAUGGCGCAGGCAAUGAAGGGCGUGACGAAGGCGAUGCGCAGUAUGAACAAACAGAUGAACCUCCCGCAAAUCCAGCAGAUCAUGAUGGAGUUCGAGAAGCAGAGCGAAAUCAUGGACAUGAAGGAAGAAAUCAUGGGCGACGCGAUUGAUGACGCGCUCGGGGACGCGGAAGACGACGAGGAGAGCGAGGGCAUCGUUAAUCAGAUCCUCGACGAGCUCGGCAUCCAGAUGGGCGAAGAACUCGGCGGACUGCCGGCCCCGGGUGGAAAGAUUGGCACGGCAACAGGAGCAGCUGCAGCACGACAGCCGGUGGCGGCGGGCGGAAGCGGAGGCGGAGCGGCCGGUGGUGCGGGGCACGACAUCGACGACGAUCUGCAGGCCCGGCUGGACCAGUUGAGGCGAGAG